GUUGUCCAAAGGUUAUGUGGGAAUGGGGACAAGGAGUACUUAUGAAGGACCAAGAGGAGCUUCUGAACUCGAUGCAACAUAUGACCACCUAAAACAGGAACUGGUGUCUGGAGAGUAGAACAGAAAAGUUCUGGUGGUGGCGGAGGAGGCGGGAGAGGCGUAUAAACCGGUUCAGCCACCGGGGGUGCUUUCUUCUUUCUGCUUUCCAAAAUAUCAACAUCCCAUAAAAUCCAGUCCUGUGUGGUUGACCUAUGAGGAAUAUCAUGUAACACCUUCUCUAACGGGUUCCCAUUCAGUUGAUGAGUCUAGCCUCCGUGGUAGUGUUUGUGUUACCUUCUUGCCGGUCAUGCCAAGGAACAUUGGGAUGUUUGAAGCGGUUAGGUACUUUCCAAAGCAGCUCUUGAGACGAAUCACGUCUGCCUCUUCUACAACCUCCACCGUCCAUCUUGCGUUCAUAGACCGCCCAUCUCUGUCCUGGCUCACGGAUUCUUCGUCCUCCUCUGCUAGAAGGUACUUGUCGUGGUAGCUACGUAAACGCACGGUUUCAGCCUUUUUGAAAAUCUCCAUUAUUGUUCUG